AUGUCCUGGGCAGGAUUCAAGAAAAAUGUCAACCGUGCUACGACCACGGUGAUGAUGAAGACGGGUCAUGUCGAGAAGACCAACGACAGGGACUACGAGGUUGAGGAGCGCCGAUUCAAGACUAUGGAGGCGGCGUCGUUACGACUACAAAAGGAGGCGAAGGGUUAUCUCGACUCUCUGAGAGCUAUGACGGCCUCGCAGAUGCGCAUUGCCGAGACGAUAGAUGCAUUCUACGGCGACGCGGGCGCGAAGGACGGCGUCAGUCGGAGCUAUAAGCAGGCAGUCGAGGAUCUAGACGCGGAGACAAUCAAGGCAUUGGAUGGUCCAUAUAGGACAACGGUUUUAGAACCCAUCACUAGGUUCUGCUCCUAUUUCACAGAUGUCAACGAAUGCAUCAAGAAGCGUGGCCACAAACUCCUCGAUUACGACGCGCUACGAGCCAAGGUCAAGAAACUCGUCGAGAAGCCCGACAAGGACGUCACGAAGCUGCCCCGUGCCGAAAAGGAGAUGGAGAUGGCCCGCGCCGCCUACGAACAGCUCAACGAACAGCUCUGCACCGAGCUUCCGCAGCUAAUCGACCUCCGCGUCCCUUACCUCGAUCCGAGCUUCGAAGCUCUCGUCAAGAUCCAGCUGCGAUUCUGCGCCGAGGCGUACAGCCGUAUGGCUCAGGUGCAACAGUAUCUCGAUAAGGAUACAAGAGAUCAGUAUGCAGAGGGCCAGCUCGACGCCAAGGUCGAACAGGUAUUGCAGGAGAUUCGGGAGCUGAGCAUAAGUGGAACCGUGUAA